AUGAACGACGAUGAUUUCCCAGAAGAAGAGCAAGGGCAAGGCUGGAGUAAAGGGACCAGAAAUACGCAAUAUGACAGGCGACGGCAUUGGAUCAAAUCCAUUUUCGUUGUCAUUCUCCUAACAUGCACACUCCUUGUCCUCACACACAAAGUUCUGAUAAGCAAACCCUCGCCUCAGACAUCACUCACGGCCUCCAAUACAACAAGUCUCCGGCCAGAAGAAGACUACAUCCUCUCUCCAAGAUGGAACUUCAACGCACCACCUACAACACGCGAACACACAUGGAUAAUCUCAGACCACACACUCAACCCGGACGGUGUCUACCGCCCCAUGACACUCAUCAACGCCACCUUCCCCGGGCCCUUGAUUGAAUGCAACGAAGGCGACGAAAUCGUCGUAAAUAUUCAUAAUCAUGCCAGUAACGCAACAUCCAUUCACUGGCAUGGCCUGUAUCAAAACGGGACAAACUGGAUGGACGGCACCGUAGGCGUGACACAAUGUCCUAUUGCGCCUGGCCAUUCAUUCACUUAUCGAUUCCAUGUCUCAGGUCAAUCAGGGACAUAUUGGUAUCACUCGCACGCCAGCAUGCAAGCGUCGGAUGGACUGGUUGGCCCGCUGAUAAUCCACGGGCGAAACGAGGGGGAGUCAUUGCAAAAGAUGGCGUAUACCCAUGACCGCGUGGUCAUGCUUUCAGAUCAUUAUUACGAUAGUUCUUCGGUUUUACUGCAGCAAUAUUUGGCACCUGGAAACGAAAAUGACGAGCCUGUUCCGCAGGCUGCACUUAUCAAUGGGCGGGGAACACGCAAGUGCGAUGACUUACCGGGGAGAGAAUGCGAUGCUACGGAUCGGCGUAAUGCGGUGUUUAAUGUUUCUCCAGAGGCCAGGACAAGACUUCGCGUUAUCAACGUUGGUGCAUUCGCAGAGUUCGCGCUGCAGAUUGAUGAGCAUGAGGUGUUUGUUACAGAAGUCGAUGGUACGGAUGUUGUACCGAUGGGCAUUCAUCGUCUGAACAUUAGUCCUGCACAACGAUAUAGCAUCAUUCUCAAUCCACCAAAGCAAGAGCUGGGGAAAAAAGGGGCGUAUUGGAUCAGAGCGAGAAUGGUUACGCACUGCUUCGCAUACGAAGAACCCGAGUUGCAAGAGGAAGUCCGAGCCGUACUAUCUUACUCUCCCCCUCUCAACACAGGCGACCAACAAAUUCCAGCACCAGAAAGCAAAGAAUGGCCGGAAAUAAUCGAUGUCGAAUGCCGCGAUCUAAACACCUCCCUCCUCGUCCCCACCAUCCCCAUCGCAGCACCCCCCAUCGACCCAGACCACACGCUCUACCUCCGCUCCUCAUUCCAAACCCGCGAGUGGCGCCUCACCCGAGGCUACCUAAACGACAGUUCCUUCCGCAUAAACAGCACCGCGCCACUUCUUCAAACCCUACUCUCCUCUUACUCCUCCACUACCACCAACAGCACAGAAACACUCCACGAUGGCUUUUCACCCUUGGUAUCCCGGGAGAAGCAACUAACCUAUCAAACCACCUCUCCCACAUCAACAAUCACCCUCUUGAUCCAAAACUUCGACGACGGAGCCCACCCUUUUCACCUGCAUGGCUACAAGUUCUUCGUGCUAGCUCAAGGACAUGGGUAUCCUCCUUCGCCCCUCCACGAGCAAAAUUUCGACAUGACGAAUCCGCUGAGAAGGGAUACGGCGAGUGUAGAGGCGUACGGGUGGUUGCUAAUUAGUUUUGUGGGGGAUAACCCGGGAAUAUGGGCGUUUCAUUGUCAUAUUGGGUGGCAUACGGAGGCGGGGCUUAUGAUGGUGUUUGCGACGGGGGUGGAGGGGAUGAGGAAUUGGAGGGUGCCGAGAGAAGUAGAUGAACUUUGUGGGGCGGAGGGGGUGGAGAAGGGGAUGGUGCCUGGGGAUGGUGCCUGGGGAUGA